AUGACUGAUCAGAGAGAACACAGGGAUUCACCGCACGUGUUCUGGGGAAAGAAAAUGACCUCCAGCCGCAGGCAUCAUCUGAAGAGUUUGAUGCUGCAGAUCGCUGCCAACUGGAUCGAGCAGGAGAACAAGGAGAUCGAGGAGGCGAAGGAGGGCUACAUGGCCGAGAACUGCCCCACCCCCGACCUCAGCGGGGACCAGGCUGCCCUCAUGGAAAUUUGCAAGAAGCUUCACCAGGCCAUCGACAAGAUCGACGAGGUGAGGUACGACGCCGAGGCCAAAGUUCGGAAGGCCGACAAAGAGAUCGAGGAGCUGAAGCUGAAGGUGGUGGAGCUGGCCGGAGUGAAGAAACCUGCCCUGAAGAAGGUCCGCAUGUCUGCUGACGCCAUGCUGCAGGCUCUGCUGGGGGGGAAGCACAAGGUGACCAUGGACCUGAGGGCCAACCUGAAGCAGGUCAAGAAGGAGGUCAAAGAGGAGCCAACAGAGGCGGUCGGCGACUGGCGUAAAAACAUCGAGGACAAAGCCGACAGGAAGAAGAUGUUCGAGACUUCCUAA